CCGGGCGACUAAUCUCCCAUAAUCUUGGGACAGGCGCUUCAGUGCAAAGAAUAAGCCGCAGCUCGGGGGUGGCGCGCAAACAAGGGCAGGGAGAGGAAAGAAAGCAAAGUGCGCUUCCGCUCCAUGUCGCUUCCUGCAGCUGCCUGAGCGGUCCGGACGUUGCCUGCUCUGCAGGAUCGUUGUUUGCACAGGAGGGUCACGCGAUUGCGGGGCGCCUCGAGCAGCGCCAUGACGCCCUCCCGCCUCUUGCUCUGGCACGGCCUCGGCUUGGCCUGGUUCGCCUACAUCGCCCGCUUGACCGCCAAUAUCGAGGCGCUGGGUGCCCAAGCGGCGGCAACGGCAGGCAUCGACACCUACGGCGGGGUCUGGAAAUUCCUCACCUUCCUCAACCUGGUUUUGCAGGCUGUUUUGUGUGGCAUCUCCUUCCUGGUUGAUGUGUUUACACUAAUGGAGAAACAGAGAAUUGCCAAGUUUGUGGUCCCCUUCAGAGACUUGCUGUUUGGAUCUCUGGCUUUUCCUGUAUCCAUGUUUGUGACUUCAUCCUUUUGGAUAUUGUACCUUUAUGACCGGAAGUUGGUUUAUCCCGAGAGCCUUGAUGCAUACAUCCCUGUGUGGAUGAAUCAUGCUAUGCACACUUCGAUAUUUCCGUUCGCUUUGAUAGAACUGUUUUCUGUUCCUCGCCGUUAUCCAUCAGAGAGGAAAAGACUCCUUUGGUUAAUAAUUGGCUGUUUGGGCUAUAUCGCUUGGAGCGUGCACAUUUACUCAGUCACGGGGAAGUGGGCCUAUCCCAUCUUGGAUGUCCUGAGUCCACUCAGCAAAAUAGCCUUUUUCCUUGGGAGCUGUGGAGUUGUUGCAUUUUACUCUCAGACAGGAGCGUUUCUCUGGCGCAUGAUUUGGGGUGACUCAGUAGUAAUAUUUGACGCGUCUAAGAGGAAAAGCAAAUGAAACUUCCACGGAUGCCGGAGCAAGCCUGCUGAUAUCCUGAAGCCAGAGAAGGAGAGCAAGGAGACGUCUGUGCGUGAAACUGUUCUGUAUCCCUGUUCAUUAUUAAGUUUCUUCAAACCAGUCCAGAUAAAUACGCCACCAGAUGCUGAAAAACACCUGGAUUCGUGAACUGCUUAUGGUCAUGUGGUUGGUGAGACAGCUGGGCAGAAUUCUGGAGGGGCUCCCCUGCCUGCAAGGGAAGAAGACUCACUCAAGUGCCUCUGGUGCCUGUUUGGGCCAAUUUAAGUGGUCAUUCCCCUGGUCCAGGAUAGCCCUUCAGGCAUGGACAAUACUAGGGGUCCCCUCUCUUUUUGAGCCUGUGGGCAAAGCUGGAAAUUUGACAUAAUUUGGUACGUUCAGCAACUGAACAUAAGAACAUAAGAACUAGCCUGCUGGGUCAGACCAGAGUCCAUCUAGUCCAGCACUCUGCUACUCGCAGUGGCCCACCAGGUGCCUUU